AAGGAGGGGAAGGAGGAGGAGGAGGAAGAGGAGGAGGAGGGAGAGAAGGCGGAGAACAGAAACGCGAGGAGCUGGACCUGGAUCCAUUUCUCCCGGCCAGGACGCGAGCGGCCCCCGCCCCCGCCACCCGCCGGCGCCGUCCCCUAUUCAUCAGCCCUCCUGCGCCCACCCGCGACCCCGGGCUCUGCGCGCGUCGGGCCGGGGCCGGAGCGACGCGGCCGCAGACUGUGUGGCUUCCCCGUGAUGCCCUCCCUCUACUAAGUGUUGGUGGUCAUCGAGGGUUUUGCAUCCUGGGGACGAAUCCUGAGCUUGCCAGAGACGGACGGCGAAAGGUCCGGGCUCUGUUUCCCUGUGAGAAGCUGCCUCGGCCCACCGAGAUGUCCCGGCAUCACAGUCGCUUUGAAAGAGAUUACCGGGUGGGCUGGGACCGUCGUGAGUGGAGUGUCAAUGGGACCCAUGGGACCACCAGCAUCUGCAGUGUCACCUCAGGAGCCGGGGGUGGCACAGCCAGCAGCCUCAGUGCUCGGCCGGGCCUCCUGCCACUGCCCGUGGUGCCCUCCCGGCUGCCCACACCGGCUACAGCCCCUGCACCAUGCACCACCGGCAGCAGCGAGGCUAUCACCAGCCUCGUGGCCAGCUCUGCAUCCGCGGUCACCACCAAGGCUCCUGGCAUCUCCAAAGCGGACAAUCCGUCCCAGGGACUGGCAACCAGCAUCCGGUGGGGGCAGACACCCAUCAACCAGUCCACACCCUGGGACACCGAUGAGCCGCCCUCCAAACAGAUGAGGGAGAGCGACAAUCCAGGCACAGGGCCAUGGGUGACCACGGUGGCCGCCGGGAACCAGCCUGCCCUGAUCGCACACUCCUAUGGAGUGGCCCAGCCUCCCUCCUUCAGCCCGGCUGUGAACGUCCAGGCCCCAGUCAUCGGGGUGACCCCCUCACUGCCUCCCCACGUGGGGCCCCAGCUUCCGCUGAUGCCCGGCCACUACUCACUCCCGCAGCCGCCCUCCCAGCCUCUGAGCAGCGUGGUGGUGAACAUGCCUGCCCAGGCCCUCUAUGCCAGCCCUCAGCCCCUGGCGGUGUCCACCCUGCCUGGUGUGGGGCAGGUGGCCCGCCCCGGACCCACUGCUGUGGGCAACGGCCACAUGGCAGGGCCCCUGCUGCCUCCUCCACCACCGGCUCAGCCAUCCGCCGCUCUCCCCAACAAUGCCCCUGCCACCAAUGGGCCCCCCACAACUGACUCGGCCCAUGGGCUGCAGAUGCUGCGGACCAUUGGCGUGGGGAAGUAUGAGUUCACCGACCCAGGGCACCCCAAAGAAAUGUUGAAGGAAUUGAACCAGCAGCGCAGAGCGAAAGCGUUUACAGACCUGAAAAUUGUUGUUGAAGGCAGAGAGUUUGAAGUCCACCAAAAUGUUCUAGCUUCCUGCAGCUUGUAUUUCAAGGACCUGAUUCAAAGGUCCGUGCAAGACAGCAGCCAGUGUGGCCGGGAGAAGCUGGAGCUGGUGCUGUCCAAUCUGCAGGCUGACGUGCUGGAGCUGCUGCUGGAGUUUGUCUACACAGGCUCUCUGGUCAUCGACUCCGUGAAUGCCAAGACUCUGCUAGAGGCAGCCAGCAAGUUCCAGUUCCACACCUUCUGCAAAGUCUGUGUGUCCUUUCUUGAGAAGCAGCUGACUGCCAGCAACUGCCUGGGCGUGCUGGCCAUGGCCGAGGCCAUGCAGUGCAGCGAGCUCUACCACAUGGCCAAGGCCUUCGCGCUGCAGAUCUUCCCCGAGGUGGCAGCCCAAGAGGAGAUCCUCAGCAUCUCCAAGGACGACUUUAUCGCCUACGUCUCCAAUGACAGCCUCAACACCAAGGCCGAGGAGCUGGUGUAUGAGACCGUCAUCAAAUGGAUCAAGAAGGACCCUGCGUCACGUGCCCAGUAUGCAGCCGAGCUCCUGGCAGUCGUCCGCCUCCCCUUCAUCCACCCCAGCUACCUGCUCAACGUGGUGGACAAUGAGGAGCUGAUCAAGUCAUCAGAAGCAUGUCGGGACCUGGUCAACGAGGCCAAACGCUACCACAUGCUGCCCCACGCUCGCCAGGAGAUGCAGACACCCCGAACCCGGCCCCGCCUCUCAGCAGGUGUGGCUGAGGUCAUCGUUUUGGUUGGGGGCCGUCAGAUGGUGGGGAUGACCCAGCGCUCGCUGGUGGCCGUCACUUGCUGGAACCCGCAGAACAACAAGUGGUACCCCUUGGCCUCGCUGCCUUUCUAUGACCGCGAGUUCUUCAGUGUAGUGAGUGCCGGGGACAACAUCUACCUCUCAGGUGGGAUGGAAUCAGGGGUGACGCUGGCCGAUGUCUGGUGCUACAUGUCUCUGCUUGACAACUGGAACCUGGUCUCCAGAAUGACAGUCCCACGCUGCAGGCACAACAGCCUCGUCUACGAUGGAAAGAUUUACACGCUUGGGGGACUGGGUGUGUCAGGCAACGUGGACCACGUGGAGCGGUACGACACCAUCACGAACCAAUGGGAAGCAGUGGCCCCUCUGCCCAAGGCAGUGCACUCGGCAGCAGCCACCGUGUGCGGUGGCAAGAUCUAUGUGUUCGGUGGGGUGAACGAGGCCGGCCGGGCCGCGGGCGUCCUCCAGUCCUACGUGCCUCAGACCAACACGUGGAGCUUCAUCGAGUCCCCGAUGAUAGACAACAAGUAUGCGCCUGCAGUCACCCUGAAUGGCUUCGUGUUCAUCCUGGGUGGAGCCUAUGCCAGGGCCACCACCAUCUACGACCCCGACAAAGGCAACAUCAAGGCAGGCCCCAACAUGAACCACUCUCGCCAGUUCUGCAGUGCCGUGGUGCUGGAUGGUAAGAUUUAUGCCACGGGAGGCAUCGUGAGCAGCGAGGGACCUGCCCUGGGCAACAUGGAAGCCUACGAGCCCGCCACCAACACAUGGACCCUCCUCCCCCACAUGCCCUGCCCUGUGUUCAGACACGGCUGCGUGGUGAUAAAGAAAUACAUUCAAAGCGGCUGACAUCAGCAGAAAGCCCACGACAAGACUGUGGAGAAAGUCCGGUGAGGCAAAUGCUAUACACAGUGAUCAUUUCUUUCAACACCACCAGUAAGAGGCCCACAGAACACAAUCCAGGAACUCACUGCGCUCACCAUUUUGAAUAUUCUCUACAUUUGAAUGUAGAACGAUCAUCGUCGCCUUUGGGUGAAACGGAGCAUGGCGUUCUGUGCACAGGAGCGGGGAGCCGGGCCUACGCCAGGGCUGGCUGGCUCCGCAGAGGCGCUUGCUCGAAACCCAGGCUCUCGCUCACUCUACCCGGUGCAAUAUUUCACAUAUAUUUUUAUUUUCAACUGGGAGAGAGAAGCUGUGUUUCCCUUCCUGCAGAGCAAGCUUGAUCCCUCAUCUACCAUAGAUCAGUUAGCCUACGACAAUAUUGGGUAUGAGGCUUUUUUGGAAGAAGAUCAAAGUGUCCUUGUCACUUUGAUUCCAACUUUUGUUUUUUAACCAGUCUACACCUUCAAGGGGCUGAGAGAAGCAGCGAGGACAGGACUGUGUAGCACCAAGUUGAGGAUGCUGCUGGUCCCCACUGGGAUGCACGAGAGGGCUGUCCGGCUGUCCGGUCUGGCUGCCCGAGCGGGGGUGGGGCCGGUGGAAGCUGCAGGACUGGCUGCGGCAGCAUCUGGCCUUCGUGGGUUUUUCUACCAUGGUUUUUUUUGUUUUGUUUUGGGUUCUUGGGUUUUGUUGUUUUAGGUUUUGUUUUGUUUUGUUUUAAGCUGGAGAAGGACAACGCGGUUGCGCUAGCUUUCUCUUAUCCAAUAUGAAUUAUUUAGAUUUUCCAAGGUGUUUUCUUGAUAAACAAAAGGCUAUUUUUAAGUACGGAGAGGAGGAGGCCGCGCGAGGGAUGCUGUGGGGUUCCCAUAGUUCUUCGGGCUCGGCCCAGAGCACGGGGUGGGGUGGGGGUGGGGGACCGUUUGCUCUCUCGUUUUUUCUAUGUGCAGAAUAGAGGAUCUCUCCUGGGGUGGGCCAUGCCCUCACUUUAUUUUUGGAAAAAAAAAAAAGUAACUCCCAGACAGCCCCAUAAAGACCGUGCCUUGUUGGAGGCAUCGUCAGAGGAAGAAGGGUCUAUUCCUAGAAAGAGGCGGUGCUGGCUCCUGAGGCCAGCUCAGCUCCCUCCGUGAGGUAAAGCUGAGGACCCUGGCCAGGGGGGAGGAAG